AUGGGACGCUCUCAUCGCAGAGGCCCUGACUACGACCUGGACUCUUACGAGCCUUACGGUCGCUCUUACGACACUGCUGCAGACCCCUACGCUCAAUAUCCAUCUCGUGGACGCAGUCCUGGUCCUCGUCGCCGCAAUAAAUCAGAACCUGCCGCACCACCGGCUGCCUAUGACAACUAUCAACGCGAACCAGAGCCUAGAGAACAGCCACGGGAACACCGUGAGAGCCGCAAAUCACGCAGGGACGCCGUCCCGGAAUCCUACGCUCCCCAACCAGAACAGAGGGAAGAUCGCAAGAGUCGCAAGAACCGAUACUACGACGAAGAUGCCUAUCAACCACGGGCACGGAGCCACGGCCGCUCCGCCCGGGAACCCCCCGCCAAUGCUCACCAUCGUGCCGACGACGACGCCUUCGACGCAUAUGCUCCGGCCUCUCGCCGCGGCCGGGAGCGUCAGCAUGCCUAUCACCCGCCCCGGACGAGUGACACGAGGCGCUCCAAGUAUGCUGACUUUGAUGCCGAGCCUCGUUAUCCCGACAGACGCUCCCGUUAUGCCGACUAUGAUGAUGUCGAUCCCUAUAAUAACGAGUCGCGCCGUUCCAAGAAUGAUGGGCCACGCGAGAGUGAUAGACGGCGUUCGCGCUACGCUGACUACGAGGGCGUCCCCCGCGGCGGUAGCGAAUCAAAUCGCGGUCGUCAUGUAGAUUACGAGGCUGAUCCCCGUUCAAAUCCGAGAGGAUAUGCCGGUCAUAGCCAGGGUGGCCGCGGUCGCUACAUGAAUGACUCGCCUGAGCGGUAUGGCCAACCAGGCGGCGGUCAGCAACGCUCUGCCAGAGGACGGUCCAUGCCUAGAAAAGGUGCAGCAGGUGGCACCUCUGGUACAGCUCGGCCUCGAGCCAAGUCAGCUGUCGGUUACGCUGCGCUGGGUGAAGCCGCUCAGACAGCCUUUAGAGUGGGAAGUCAAGCAGCUCUCCAGAUGAAGAGUGAGCCCGGCCCGUGGAUAGGCGAGAAAGGGACGCGGGUCGCCACGGCUGCUCUGGGCGCCGCCCUCGUCGACACAUUUGUCGGUCACAAGGCCACAGGCAUGAAGGGUGGCAUGCGCCAUCAAGCUUUGCGUCAGGCAUGUGAGAUGGGCAUUCGCAACUUUGUCGUCCAACCUACUGUGAACACGGCGACCCGACGCAGUGGCAGUUGGGGCGGCCAUGGCACUGGCAGCGGGGGAGGUCAGAGCAGCAGUGGGAGAAGACGACACUGA